AUGACUGAGAUUCACAACACAAACGAAGCCUGUUGCUCCAUUCCUCCCGUCCAGAGCAACUACCAGCCCAAAGGAAUCACCACGACGAUCAACGGGUUGGAGACGUAUGUCACCUCCAACUCCUCUAAGAAGAUCCUGAUCUGUAUCUACGAUAUCUUCGGCUUCCACCCGCAAACAAAACAAGGCGCAGACAUCCUGGCCACCGCCGGCUUCAAAGUCUACAUGCCCGAUUUCUUCCGCGGGUCUCCAUUCCCUGCAUCAUACUACCCGCCCGACACUAAAGAGAAGAAAGAUGCAUUGCAAAAGUUCUUUGGGGCUGAGGCGAGCGUGAAGAGGAAUUUGGAGGUGUUGAAGGGGGUUGUGGGGGAGGUGGUGAAGGGGAGGGAGGGGGAGAGUGUUUGUUUGGGGGUUUAUGGAUUUUGUUGGGGCGGCAAACUCUCCGUCCUCGCUUCGGGUUCCUCAACCCCCUUCAAAGCAGCCGCAAUGAUUCACCCCGCUAUGGUCGACCCCGCCGAUGCCCGCGCCCUCACGAUCCCCAUCUGUGCUCUUCCCUCCAAGGACGAAGACAAAAACACGAUGCAAGAGUUCGAGAAUGUCGUCAAGGAGAAGAAGUUUGGAGGGGAUUGCGUGUUCAAGAGGUAUGACACGAUGCAUCAUGGGUGGAUGGCUGCGAGGGGGGAUAUGGCGGUGAAGGAGCAGAGGGAGAUGUUUGAUGAUGGAAUGAAGGAGUUAGUCAGCUUUUUCAAGGCAAGGCUUUGA